AUGGCGCUAAAUAAUGUGGCGACGAAUUGCAGGAUCCAGAGCCGGCAGCCGCCGCCGGAGUCCCAUCGUCGACAUCACACCGCCACCAGCUUCCAUCAUCAUCUCGCCACCUUUGUUUCUUCCACUUUCAAGCAAAUCGAUGUUCCGGUGAAGCAAAAGGCUCCCGGCGGCGGCGGGAAGCUGCUGCUGGACGCUUUUGUUGAUUUCGCCUUCCGGUUUGUCGACCAACCUUUGCUCCCGUCUCAGCGUAACUUCGCGCCGGUGGAGGAACUGAAGGAGGCCGUUCCGGUGACGGACUUGGUGGAGGGUAUUAUUCCCGAUGACUUCUCCGAAGGAGUCUACAUCCGAAAUGGACCGAAUCCUCUGUUUGGAGGGUUGAAAUCAACGGAAUCCAUCUUCGGGAAGACAAGCCACAUCUGGAUAGAAGGAGAAGGAAUGCUCCACGCCCUGUACUUCCAGAAGAGCAGCAACAAUGGGAGAUGGAGCGUCGUCUACAACAACAGACACCUGCAGACAGAGACCUUCAAGAUGGAGAAACAGAGGGGCAAGCCUUCCUUUCUCCCCGCCAUUAAAGGCCAUCCACCAGCAGUCUUAGCAGCCUACUUGCUGAAUUGGAUGAGAUUUGGGAAAGUGAACAAGGAUCUCAGCAACACCGGUGUGGUGUACCACGGCGGGAAGUUGUACGCAGUGGCAGAGAGUCAUGCUGCUCAGGAAUUCGACAUCCUCAGCCUCGAUGCUCGAGGUGAAUGGGACAUCAAUGGAGCUUGGGAUCGACCUUUCACCGCCCACCCGAAAAAAGCUCCCGGUACCGGCGAGCUGGUCAUAUUCGGGAUGCAGCCUUUCAGACCUUUCAUAGAACUGGGAAUCGUUUCCGCGGAUGGAGAAAGAUUGCUUCAUAAGGUGGACCUCGACCUCGAUAGAUGCGCCCUGGUUCACGAUAUUGGAGUUACCGAGAGGUACAAUGUGAUCAUGGAUUUUCCACUCACCAUAGACCUUAGCAGACUCCUCAUUGGAGGACAGUUAAUAAAGUACGACAAGGAAGGUUACGCGAGGAUAGGGGUGAUGCCUCGAUACGCGAAUACAGAGUCGAUUCGAUGGUUCGACGUCGCACCCAAUUGCACGUUUCACAUUCUGAAUUGUUUUGAGGAUGGAAACGAAGUUGUGAUCAGGGCAUGCAGGUGUCUUAACUCAGUAAUUCCAGGGCCAGAGAUGGGGGAGGACAGAUUUGAGUGGUUCUCAAGAAGGUUUAGGUUUAGGCGUGGCGACGAGGGAGAUGAUGGUGCUUCUUCUUCUUCUGGAGAAGAAUUGUUCUUUACUCGCUGCUAUGAGUGGCGGCUGGACAUGGAAACAGGGGAAGUGCAGGAAAGAAACCUAACUGGGAAAACAGAGGCUUCCAUGGAAUUCCCCAUCAUCCACCCUGCUUUCACCGGCCUCCCUAACAGAUUUGGGUACACACAAACCAUCGAUUACGAAGCUAGCUCCACUUCAGGCAAGCCAAAAUUCGGAGGUCUGGCCAAACUGUACUUCCAAGAUCAGCCUAAAACGAACAACAUUGAUCGGAGGGACGACGACGACGAAUGCAGAGAUGCGAUCAAGGUGGAGUACCAUGAACUCGAGAAGAACACAUUCUGCAGUGGAGCUGCAUUCGUCCCCAGAUUGGCCGCUGCAGGGAGCUCAUCACCGAGUAGUUGUGAAGAAGAUGAUGGAUGGAUCAUCGCUUUCGUCCACAAUGAAGACACUGACACUUCCAAAGUGUACAUAAUUGAUGCAAAAAAGUUCAGCAGCCAUCCAGUUGCUAAGAUCACAUUGCCUUGCAGGGUUCCAUAUGGUUUCCAUGGAGCCUUCGUGCCUAUGUCGCUACCGCGCUUAUGCGAUAGUCAUGGACAUUCCAGGGAAACCACAUAA